GGAGUACAUAGCUUACACCCUAGCAGAAGCUGCCGAGGUCCAUCUUUCUGCAUGGACUUGGACACGGCAAUGGACAUGACGAACCAAGAACAGCUCAUGCACACCAUCUCCCAACUCGACAGCGCCCUCACAUACCUUGCUUCUCCAUCCACAUCGCCAUCGCACCAGCCACCGGUCCUAGCCCCGCCGUAUCCAUCGUGUGCCACCGGUGCGGUUACUCCUAAUUCGGUCACGAUGCCGGUGUUGGUGCCGCCGCCAGCCGCGGCCUACCCGGAGCACACGGCGACGCGGCGGCUUGUCGUCGGCGUCCACCCGGCCGCGGACGUGGAGAGGCCCAGGCGCCGCAACGGGCGCGUCUCGAGCGAGCCGCAGAGCGUGGCGGCGAGGCUGCGGCGGGAGCGCGUGAGCCAGCGGAUGCGCGCGCUGCAGCGGCUGGUGCCCGGCGGCGCGAGGCUGGACACGGCGUCCAUGCUGGAGGAGGCCGUCCGCUACGUCAGGUUCCUCAAGAGCCACGUCCAGGCGCUCGAGCAGGCCGCGGCCGCGUUACAUGGCCGCCGCGAGGACGUCGCCGGCGGCGAAUUCUACCAUCACUGCCCGCACUAUGCUUAAACGGGAGAUGUUACAUGCAUUGUGAACGAUGUAUAUGGUGCAAGGAAUUUGAGCGUC